GCCGCUAGCUUUAAUCUCGGGGAUCGACAGCGUCAGCUGGUUGCGUUCCUUAAUCGUGUAUCAGUAUUAAUCAGUAUUAAGUGAAACAAUACAAUAAAGGCGUUCGAAUAGGUAUUUCGCUUUUAAAUACUCAGUACGAAGUUGAGUGAAAUAUAAAGUUAAAUUACGUUAUACACAGAAUAUUGAGAAAUAUUGAGAAAUCUUUUCCAUUGCAACAUAUCACACAAACGUCACUUGUACACACAUAGUUCAUAUAAAGUGCAACAUUAUAUAAAUAACAUGUUUCAAAAACUUUUCGGGUAGAAUCAUUCCUUCUCGUGAUAUUAUUAUAUCGACUUGUAUAGUAAUAAUGGUAUAUUGGCUACCGAGGAAACGUUUCUUAAAGAGAUACUAAUAUUUCACGAUUAUUUAGAAAGUGUAUAUUAUAUAUGUAUUAAAAGACGCAGGAAAUUACUUCUUUUGAGUAAAGAGAGAGUCUCUGGACUAACUUUAAUCCAAGAAAGGAUUUGUGACGAAAAGGUAUUAUAGACAACCGGUAACUACUAACAAUCAUGAAGUCAACUUAUCUACUAUUAGCAGCAGUGCCAUUCGCCAUCCUUGAUAUUUGGUACACAGGAAUAUGUUUAAUUUGGACCAUGAAGAUAUCUGCAGUAACAUACCUCAUCUUAGUUGGACUUCUACCUAUAAUAUUUCAUUAUUCCUAUACUAUCCAAAAGAAAAUAUUAUUUUUAAAUUUUGUACAAUGGCCACUUAAAACAGACUUUUCUGAUCCAGGAUCAGUAGGAUUAGAAGGUGCUAGAAAUUUUUAUUUACAUACUGAUCAACAAGUAAAAAUAGGCAUAUGGCAAAUAUUACCACGAUCUUUAUUAAAUAAUUCCAUCCCUGCAACAGACGAAGCUUAUGAAAAACUCCUGAGUAAUGCCAAGUAUCCCGUGUUUCUGUACAUGCAUGGAAACAGUGGUAAUAGAGCAAGUUCACAUCGCGUUGAGCUUUAUAAACUUUUCCAAGACUUGGAUUAUCAUGUUAUAUGUUUUGAUUAUAGAAGUUACGGAGAUAGUGAUGUAGUUGAACUGUCUGAGUUGGGUGUAGUUACAGAUAGUAAAUAUGUUCUUGAGUGGGUAUUGAAAAAAGUAAAUAGUACAGUGCCAGUUUUCGUUUGGGGUCAUUCUUUAGGCACUGGAGUCUCUACACACGUAUUAGCACUGCUAGCAGCUGAGAAUAUACAACCAACAGGAUUAUUUCUAGAAGCACCAUUUAAUAACAUAGCUGACGAAUUAACAGAACAUCCAUUUGCACAGCUAUUCAAACAUUUACCAUGGUUCCAUUGGGUGAUUGUUGAACCUUUUUAUAACAAUAAUCUGCGAUUUGAGUCUGACAAACAUAUCAGCAAGAUUGAAUGUCCUAUUAUGAUAUUGCAUGCUGAAGAUGAUGGAAUAAUUCCAUUUUUUCUGGCAGAGAAGCUCUAUCAUGCAGCAAUUAAUAGUUUUGGAAAUAAUACAGAUCGAAUCCAAAUGAUCAAAAUAGAUUCAUCUUACGGACUUGGACAUAAAUAUAUUUGUAGGUACAAGGAAUUGCCUGAUAUAAUUAAGACAUUUGUUGCUAAAACAUAUAAAAAUCUAACUGAAUAGUCUGACUAGAAAGAGUUACAAAAACUCAAAUUUAUAUUGUCACAAGAAUAUCCAGGCUUAAUCAGCAACAUUUAAUUUACAUGUAAAAGAGAUACAUAUAUUUCUUAAAGAUUAAGUAAGAUUAUGUUACUGAAAUUAAAAGAAUAGUACAUAGUGAAAACAUUUUUGUAAACUUAUAUAAAUAUUAUCUGUUUUUACCAUGUAAAAUUUCUCAUAAAUAUUUCACAUUAUUUUUAUUAGGAUGUAUAUUUAAUGUCAUAAUGCUGUCAAUUGUGUCCAAUGAAGAAUCUGUGUCUGAAUAUUUAUGCACCGAUUUAUGAUUAUGUGUAAAAUUUAUUUAAAUGUAUUUUUAUAUGUGUGAUAGUAUCAUAAAAUUGGUAUUUUGUAUAAGUGGUGCACUCUUCUAUAGCAGGAAGAAAAAUACCUAAAAAUAUUGUAACUAAUGUUUCUUGUGAAAUAAGUGGAAGUCAUGUGAUAGAAAAGCCAACACUGUGAUAACUAUUUCAAUGUCAUGAAUUAUAUUAUAUUUAUUAAUUUUAUAUAAUUAGCUCGAAAGACACAGUAACUCAUAUUAAAUAGUUUUUCUGAAGCCACAUGGUACUACCACUUUAUCUUAUGUUGUAAAGUAAUGCUCUUUAUUGAUGUAUGAUUUUAAGUGUAACAAGAAGUAAAUUGCUGAUGCCUA